AUGGAGGACGAGGUGGUUCGCAUUGCCAAGAAGAUGGACAAAAUGGUGCAGGAAAAGAAUGCGGCUGGUGCAUUGGAUUUGCUGAAAGAGCUUAAGAAUAUUCCCAUGACCCUGGAAUUGCUACAGUCUACAAGAAUUGGAAUGUCUGUUAAUGCUAUUCGCAAGCAGAGUACAGAUGAGGAAAUCACAUCUCUAGACAAAUCUCUCAUCAAAUCCUGGAAAAAAUUAUUAGAUGGACCAUCAACUGAUAAAGACCCUGAAAAAAAGAAAAAAGAACCUGCGAUUUCAUCACAGAAUAGCCCUGAAGCAAGAGAAGAAAGUUCCAGCAGCAAGGUAAGCAGCAGAAAGGAUGAGACAAAUACACGAGAUACUUAUGUUUCAUCUUUUCCUCGGGCACCAAGCACUUCUGAUUCUGUGCGGUUGAAGUGUAGGGAGAUGCUUGCUGCAGCUCUCCGGACAGGAGAUGAUUAUGUUGCUAUUGGAGCUGAUGAGGAAGAACUGGGAUCUCAGAUUGAGGAAGCUAUAUAUCAAGAAAUAAGGAAUACAGACAUGAAAUACAAAAACAGAGUACGAAGUAGGAUAUCAAAUCUUAAAGAUGCAAAGAAUCCAAAUUUAAGGAAAAGUGUGCUGUGUGGGAAUAUUCCUCCUGACCUGUUUGCGAGAAUGACAGCAGAGGAAAUGGCUAGUGAUGAGCUCAAAGAGAUGAGGAAAAAUCUGACCAAAGAAGCCAUCAGGGAGCAUCAGAUGGCCAAGACUGGUGGGACACAGACUGACUUGUUCACUUGUGGCAAAUGUAAAAAGAAGAACUGUACUUACACACAGGUGCAAACUCGUAGUGCUGAUGAACCAAUGACAACAUUUGUUGUAUGUAAUGAAUGUGGAAAUCGGUGGAAAUUCUGUUGAGUUUGGAAAAAUUGGCAAGGUAUCUGGACC